UGUUAUUUGUGACAAUUAACUCCUUUCAAAGUUUUUUGCUAAUCAAACUUCUGUUUUAUGCGGCCUGAAAAUCGAUUGUAAUAUUAUACCCAGGUGGACAGAUUGCUUCCUGUUUCAUCCCACCUCUGCUGUUAUUUGCUAGUUGCCUCAAAAUGUGGUAAUCAUCAUGGAAUACGAACCUGCAAUAUGAUUCUCUAGUUCUUCACCGGCUCUUCGCCUAGGUCUUAUCAACCAAAGAUACUUGUUUCCAAUCUCCCAUGACUACAAUAUCUAACUCGCCCAUCGUGGGCAUGAGUAAACCGAAACUACGGUUCUCUAUCGAUGCCCUCAUGGGCAAAGAAACCAGUGAUACAGAUUCUACUGUGUUUCGAGACGAUCCUUCUCCGCUCUCAGCCAAAGACUAUAGCAUCCCAAAGUUUACUUCUGAAAGUCCCGAUGCUCGCAACCGGCUGAAUCACGAUAAAUCUCCGCAACCACCGGUACUGAUCCCCAUCCCCACUUUUCCUGCGCGGCCGACGGCUCCGAGUGCCGUCAUCAGCACGAGGGACAGCAGGACUGGUUUCUUUAACCCGCCAACGGCUGCUCUCUUUCAACGGACUUUGCCUCAUUCUCCUGGCAUGGAGACGACUUUCGCUGGGAUGAUCCUGCAAGGCGAUGGAUUCCAGACAUAUCCUUGGUGUCUGCCGAGGCAGAGGCUUUUCUACCACAGAUUUCCAGGCCCGGACAUCCCCAGUUACCUUUUGCCACCGUUUCGGAAAGCCAAGAGGAUUCGGACAGCAUUCUCCGCUUCCCAACUCAUGAAACUAGAAGGCGCUUUUGACAAAAAUCACUACGUUACAGGGAAUGAAAGAAAACAGCUCGCCGAGAGCUUAGGACUUACAGAAACACAGGUGAAAGUGUGGUUUCAGAACCGAAGAACAAAACAAAAACGACAAGUUAUGGAAGACAGAGAAAGGGACGAAAAGAAUAAUGUCCUUCCUGCAAGUAAAAAUGUAGAUUCACAGUACAGACAAUCAUCCGCAUCAGAAUCUAAUUUAUCACCAUCUGGAAUAAGCGAAAGUGUUAGUUUAUGCGAUGACGAUGACAGUGACACAUCAUAUAACAUGGAAGACAGAAAUGACGAAGAAAUAAUUCCUUGA